UAGCCUCCAAGCUAGCAAAGUGAGCUAAGGCAUGCUAACAAGCUAACGCGGAUUAUCAGAUAGUGACGUCAUGGGCUGACCUGUGAACUGCCUGGGAGCCCCACAGGCAAGGCGGCGAAGCGGCUUCCGGUUAGAGCGGUCAGCUCUUAACACCGGGGCUGGAGGUCAGGUGUGUGAUCCACCUGGGGAAAGGUAGAGGUUGUGUGACGUGCGCAGGUGAGCUCAGGCAGCACAGAAGGGGCGGAGCCUUUUAGCAGCGUUCUGGCGUGUGCAGGUUGGGGAUCACAAGUUCAGCGCUCACCGGAUCGUGUUGGCGGCCUCCAUCCCGUACUUCCACGCCAUGUUCACCAACGACAUGGUGGAGUGUAAACAGGAUGAGAUCCUGAUGCAGGGCAUGGACCCCAGCGCUCUGGAGGCUCUGAUAAACUUCGCGUACAGCGGACACGUCGCCAUCGACCAGCAGAAUGUGCAGUCUCUCCUGAUUGGCUCGAGCUUUCUGCAGCUUCAGAACGUCAAAGACGCCUGCUGCUCCUUCCUGCAGGAGAGGUUGCACCCGAAGAACUGCCUCGGCGUGCGUCAGUUCGCCGAGACGAUGAUGUGCACGACGCUGUACGACUCAGCAAACAGCUUCCUGCACCAGCACUUUGUGGAGGUGUCACUGUCUGAGGAGUUCCUGGGCCUCAGGACGGAGGAGGUGCUGGAGCUCGUCGGCUGUGACGAACUCAACGUGAAGGCCGAGGAGCAGGUGUUCGAGGCGGUGCUGGCGUGGGUCCAUCACGACCAGGACCGCAGGGAGACGCUGCUGCCCGAGCUGCUGUCAAAGGUGCGACUUCCUCUGUGUCGACCCGAGUUCCUGUCGGAUCGCGUCCAGCAGGAUGAGCUCAUACGCUGCUGCCACAAGUGCAGGGAUUUGGUGGAUGAAGCCAAGGAUUUCCACCUGAUGCCGGAGCGCCGCCCUCACCUGCCCACCUUUAAAACCAGGCAGAGGUGCUGUACGUCCAUCACAGGGCUCAUCUACGCGGUGGGAGGCCUCAACAGCUCAGGUGACUCCUUAAAUGUUGUCGAGGUGUUCGAUCCAAUUGGAAACUUCUGGGAGCGCUGUCAGCCAAUGAGGACAGCUCGCAGCAGGGUGGGUGUGGCCGUCGUUAAUGGGCUACUGUAUGCCAUUGGGGGAUACGACGGCCAAUCGCGGCUCAGCACGGUGGAGGUUUACAACCCCGAGACGGACAGCUGGACGCGCGUGUCGAGCAUGAACAGCCAGCGCAGCGCCAUGGGAACGGUUGUGAUUGAUGGGCGGAUCUUCGUGUGCGGCGGCUACGAUGGAAAGUCGUCUCUCAACUCGGUGGAGUGCUACUCCCCGGAAGCAGACAGGUGGACUGUGGUGACAGAGAUGAGCGCGAGCCGCAGCGCCGCGGGCGUGACGGUUUUUGAUGGCCGGAUCGUUGUCUCGGGCGGCCAUGACGGUCUGCAGAUCUUCAACACAGUGGAGUACUACAACCACCACACUAACCGCUGGCACCCGGCGGCACCGAUGCUGAACAAGCGAUGCCGUCAUGGGGCGGCGGCGCUCGGCAGCCACAUGUACGUGGCGGGGGGGUAUGAUGGCUCGGGGUUCCUGAGCGGCGCCGAGGUGUUCAGCUCAGCAUCUGGACAGUGGAGCCUCCUGGUGGCCAUGAACACGCGGCGCAGCCGGGUGUCCCUGGUGUCCACGUCGGGGCGUCUGUACGCCGUAGGCGGGUACGACGGACAAUCCAAUCUCAGCUCCGUGGAGAUGUACAACCCCGACACCAACCGCUGGUCCUUCAUGGCCCCCAUGGUGUGCCACGAGGGGGGCGUAGGCGUGGGCUGCAUCCCCUUGCAGCCCGCCUAAACCACCGAUCACAGCCAGAGGACUCGUGAUUUACUGACGGCGGCAGGCGGGAGCGCACCCCGCGGCGGCGUCCCUGCAGCUCUAUCGGUACGAUGGCUGUGCUCAGGCUUGCAAAGUGACGCCGCACCUGCGGGAUCAUGGGAAAAACUGUAGAGCUAGCAGCAGAGGCUAGCUGCUAACAUUAUUCUGUUAGCGUGUGUGGAACGAUUGAUUACUGAUUAUUGAUUACUGAUUUCAUACUGGAUGGACACAAGCAACAGGAAGUGACUUCCUCCCAAACAAACCAAGCUCCUGACUUGGACAGGAAGUCCUUCCUGAACAGUUUCCCGAAUUGUUUGUUGAUCAGCUGUAAUCGAUGGGAGCGAUCGAUACAAAACGCCAGCAACAUAUGAACCCCGCCCCCUGCAGGCUGCACAGGAAGCUUGUUUGAGGAACGUGUGGCGCCCCCGGAGAUAUUAAUAAGCUCAUGGUCACGUGACAAAACAUGGUUCUCCAGCUUUCCACAGGAAGUGAUGUCAUGUAGCGUGCAGUCUUUAGCGUUUCGCUCGCUGCGAUGCACAGGCGGGCUGCAGAUACCUGCUGCCGCUCGGCAGAUGCAUCCGCGGCAACCGAAACACUCCUCAAAGUGUCACCUGAUACGGCAGUAACCAAUGAGGGUCCGUGUGGUGGUUGCCCUGCCCCUCCAGCGCGAUUGGCUGGAUGGGGUUUGGCAUCAUUUGCGCCAGCCGUGGUGGACACGCCCCCUCACUUAUCGACAUCUGCAUUUGCGUCAGCGGAUAAGCGACGGAGCACGCUCAGUAGACA